AUCGCCACGGGUUUCUAAAACUACUUUUUCGCAUUAUUUUUUAAUUUAUUGCUUAUUUUUUUGUUUGUUUAUUCGCAAACAAAUAAUAAUAAUAAAAAAAGAUGGAAUAUAUGGCGACUUCAUCCCCGUCAUCGUCUCCGGAGUGGCCAGCAAAGUUCAGCCACAUCAGGAAAGUUUUGGGUAGGGCUGGUCCAUUAUCGUGUCCUGACUUUGAGCCUGGGCCCGAGAAUUUAAACUUCCUUCAAAAUGUGUGCAAAGUGCUCAUCAUUGGAGCUGGAGGGCUGGGCUGCGAAUUAUUGAAAGACUUGGCGUUGUUUGGCUUUUGUAACAUCCAUAUAAUUGAUAUGGAUACUAUAGAUCUAUCCAACUUGAACAGGCAGUUUCUAUUCAGGCACCAUGAUAUAGGCAAGCCAAAAGCGAUAGUGGCUGCUGAGUUCAUUAAAAGUAGAAUUUCUGACUGCAAUGUUACUCCUCACUAUGCUAAGAUACAAGAUUUUUAUUCUGAAUUUUAUAGAGAGUUCCAUAUAAUUGUAUGUGGUUUGGAUUCAAUAGUAGCUCGGAGGUGGAUCAAUGGUUUGCUGGUCAGCAUGUUAGUGUACGACGAUGAUGGUAACUUGGAUCAGUCGAGCAUCAUUCCUCUGGUUGAUGGUGGCACUGAAGGUUUCAAGGGUAACGUCAGGGUCAUCCUUCCCGGGUUAACUCCGUGCAUCGAGUGCACCCUCGAUUUCUAUCCACCUCAGGUGAACUACCCACUUUGCACAAUAGCCCACACGCCUCGUCUACCUGAACACUGCAUUGAAUACGUCAGAUUGCUUUUGUGGCCCAAGGAGAACCCAUUUGGGGAUACUGUCUCGAUAGAUGGCGACAACCCGGAGCACAUUCAGUGGAUUCUCAAGAAGGCAGUUGAGAGAGGCAAUGAGUUCAACAUACACGAUAUCACGUAUCGACUGACUCAAGGUGUUGUUAAGAACAUCAUUCCAGCUGUUGCAUCUACCAAUGCUGUUAUAGCUGCACUCUGUGCUACUGAAGUGUUCAAGUUAGCUGUCAGUUGCUAUUCACCACUGAACAAUUACUUGAUCUUCAAUGACCUAGAGGGCAUAUAUUCACAUGCUUUUGAGGCUGAGAAAAAGGAGGACUGUGCUGUAUGCAGCCAGGUUCCACAGUCACUUGCAUUUUCAUACAGCGACACUCUCCUAUCUCUCAUCAAUUUCUUACAAGAGAGCAAACAAUAUCAGUUGAAAUCGCCUGGCAUCAUAACGGAAGUGGCCGGCAAGACGAGGACGUUGUACAUGUCCACUGUGAAAUCUCUUGAAGCCGCCACCAAGGCCAACCUCAGAAAGACGCUAGCUGAACUGGAGCUGGAAAAUGGGCAGCUGAUAUACGUGGCCGACCAAACAUCUCCAAGCAACUUGACAUUCAAAUUAGUUCUCUCUUGA